CAAUGAAAUAUAACUAGCACAACAUAAUUUGGCAGGUACACAUUCUUGGAUGUUUGGAGGAAGCAAAUUGUCUGGAAUAUGAACUUCAGGCCUUUGUAGAACAGCAAUUUAAACAUCUAAAGGAGGAGCUUAAAGAGAUAUCUGAGAGUACCCAACAGUGCAAAAUGGUGUCAUCAGAACAAAAGGGGAACGUUCCAUUAGACGAACAAGCAUUAUUCAAGCAAGCCAAGCAGGCAGAAGUGGAACAGGCUCACAGAAAACAAAUUUUAGAUGAACGCCUGAAACUCCAGGACCAGCUGGAACGAGGAGAAUUGAGUGAUUUGCUGAAAGAGAAACUUGUUAAGGAACAUGAUGAAACUAUCACUUUUCUAGAGAAGGCUCUUCAGCACAGUCUUGAGAGGCUAGAUAUGAAAAUUGAAAGGGAACUAUUGAUAAAGAAAAAACUAGAAGAGUCCAGCAAUCCAGAUCUGGAUACACGCCACAGAAAUCCCAACUUACAGAACAGUGACCAGAAGAUUCUAACUCUAUUGGUAGACAAUAUAAGCAUAUUUCAAAAAGCUGACCAAAUUGCAGCUGCCAGAACUACACUUUUAGUUCAUUGUAUGUAUACUUCAAUUUUCCCUGCAGAUGAAAAUACAAGCAAACUUCAAGAAUCCUCACUGUUGCUAACUCUACUGAAAGAAGUAGACAAUCAGCUGAAAGCCAAUGUUCAGAGUACUAAGCUAACGGGAGUCAAGAAUGAUUCAGAUGAGAAUUCUUUACCAAAAAAUGCAUUCAGAGAUAUUGAGGAUUUACAGGUAAACUGCGAAGGAGAUCUAAGUCCUGUUCAUCCUGAAGAUCUAUCAGGCAGAGAGUUUGUAAUAUACCAAUAUGGGAUUUAUAUCUUGCAGCUCUUAAAAUCACAUUUUAAUAUUGGAGAUCUCUCUUUGCAAAUGGCCUCUUCUUUGCCAAAUAAUAAUUAUCACGGCAAUGCGUUCACUCAAUCUUUCUUGUAUUUGAGAGCUGAGAACAAACUCUUUGUUCCUCGAAAGUACCUCCAAUCUGUUGGAAGCUUUACUCUUCUACUUGUUCACUGCAUAUCUCACAUCCUUUCUGAUGGAUUUGAGGAUGACUCAAAUCCUUUCUUCCUGAGGACCUUCUACCAGGCAAUAAAAGUUUGCUUCAAUGAAUGCUUUUUUACCAGACAUGAAUUAUCAUUCCUUUCCCAGUCUAAUAUUGCAAGCUCAACAAAUGAUGGUAUUUUGACAAAAGCAGAAGACUGUUAUAAAAAAAUUGAAAACCAAAAUGUCAUUCCUGAGUUUAUAUCAAUGAAAUUUACACCAUCAAAUAAACAUGUUUGUUAUAAAGAGAGGACAGAUGAAAUGUUGUCUGUAUGUGAAGUUGAAGCAAUACUCAAGGAGAAAUUGGCUAAAAAGAAAAGAGAAUUCUUUGAUGACAGCUUUAGAAAGAUAUCCUGUGAAAUCACAAAUCAAGAAAACAGUCAGGAUGGGAUGACAAUGGAGCAACUACAUGGGGCAUUAGACCAACUGAACACUGAACUCACCGCAAUCUUGGAGAAAGAAGUUGAAUCACAGAAGAAUCAAAACAAUUCAGAGGGACAAUCUUUUUAUUUAAAAGCACUAUUUUUUGAAAAAGAGUGCUUAAUUAAAAAAAUUGAUAAUUUAGAGAAACAAAUUACUUAUCUCAGCAACAUAAUGUAAAGAUGUUUUCAAUAAUUAUACAGCUGUAAAAUGGUAUUUUAAAUCUAGGAGUUAUAUACAAUUGUAUACACUCUGUAUAUAAAUUUCACUUUUAUCCUAGUAUAAUGUCAAUGAUUCAAUGCAUAAUCCCUUUUCCUUUCUGCAGUACUGAUGAAAUGAUACUGUAGCUCUGCCUGUUGUCACCAUGUAUAAUAAACUUCAAUAUUUGUGCUGCCUGA